UGGGCUCGCGUUGGUGUCUAAGUCCCCUUCCCUGUCCCCUGCACUGGGCCAGGGUGGACGGCGCCGUGGGGAAUUACCAGCCCCGUGGCUCUCUCUGCCUCUCGGGCCCUCGGAGCCCGGCUUCCUUGUUUACUUACUUAGAGCCCAGCAGAGGAAGUGGUAAAGGAAACUUGCUGAGUCGUUUUCUGAGAAGAGACCAUAUUUGCUCACAGAGGAAGCCGUUGCUUUCUGGGAUCAGGCCUCAGCAGAAAGGACGUCUACUCCAACGAGGCCUUUCCUGAGGGUACCUGGGAGUUGGAAGAGCCAAGGACGCCUCCACACUCUGGAUUUGGGGUUCUCCGUCCAUGGGCGCAGCCCCCACGCUCAGCUUGUGAGCUCCGUCCCGAAGAGCAGCCAUGGCAUUCAGGAACGUGCCCUUUCGCUCCGAGGUCCUGGCCUGGGACUCCGACAGCCUUGCAGACUAUUUCAGGAAGCUCAACUACAAGGACUGUGAAAAGGCCGUGAGGAAGUAUCACAUUGAUGGGCUGCGGUUUUUGAACCUGGCAGAGAAUGACAUCCAGAAGUUCCCUAAGCUCCGGGUGCCGAUUCUCAGUAAGUUAAGUCAAGAAAUCAACAAGAAUGAAGAGAGAAGGAGCAUUUUCACACGCAAACCCCAAGUCCAGCGGUUUCCCGAGGAGACAGAAAGCCAUGAAGAAGACAACGGGGGCUGGUCAUCCUUUGAAGAAGAUGACUAUGAAAGUCCCAAUGAUGAUCCGGAUGGGGAGGACGAUGGUGACUAUGAGUCCCCCAAUGAGGAGGAAGAGGCGCCGGUGGAAGAUGAUGCCGAUUAUGAGCCGCCACCCUCCAAUGACGAGGAAGCCCUGCAGAACUCCAUCCUGCCUGCCAAGCCUUUCUCCAACUCCAACUCCAUGUACAUAGACCGGCCCCCCUCCGGGAAAGCGCAGCAGCCGCCCGUGCCCCCCCAGAGGCCGAUGGCCGCCCUCCCUCCUCCGCCCUCCGGCCGGGCUCACACGCAGCCGCUACCCCAACCCCAGCCCAACCAUGAAGAGCCUAGCAGAAGUAGAAACCAGAAAACAGCAAAGCUCCCUGCUCCUUCCAUAGACAGAAGCACGAAACCACCCCUAGAUCGUUCAUUAGCUCCGUUUGACAGAGAGCCCUUCACACCAGGAAAGAAACCAGUGAUUCCUGACAAGCCCUCGACCCCAGCGGGAAGGCCUCUUGGGGAGAAUUUACCCAAGAUACAGAAGCCCCCAUUACCACCAACCUUGGAAAGGCUCGACAGAGGCAGCAGCCCCCUGCCGGGGAAGAAGCCACCUGUGCCAAAGCAUGGAUGGGGACCAGACAGAAGAGAAAAUGAUGAAGAUGAUGUGCAUCAGAGACCUCUGCCCCCGCCAGCACCACAUGCCAUGAACUCCAACACCUUCCCUGCAAGAUCUACCAAGCCGUCGCCCAAGCACUCCCUCCCAUCACCCCACCUGCCCGGAGCCUUCUCAGAAAGUAACAGCAGUUUCCAGCACAGCGCCUCCCUGCCGCCAUACUUCUCUCAAGGCUCUAGCAACAGACCACCUCCCAGAGCUGAAGGCAGAAACUUUUCCUUGCCAGUUCCAAGCAAACCUCGGCCAUCAUCCCCUGGGGAAGAAGAGAAUUCAUUACGUCAAGAGUGGUAUGUUUCUUAUAUUACCCGACCAGAGGCAGAAGCUGCUCUUAGAAGAAUAAACCAGGAUGGCACUUUUCUGGUUAGAGACAGCUCUAAAAAAACAAUAACCAAUCCAUACGUCCUCAUGGUGUUGUACAAAGAUAAAGUUUACAACAUCCAGAUCCGUUAUCAGGAGGAAAGCCAAGUUUACUUGCUGGGAACUGGACUCCGAGGGAAAGAGGACUUUCUGUCUGUGUCAGAUAUUAUUGACUACUUCAGGAAAAUGCCACUUCUGCUCAUUGAUGGGAAAAACCGAGGCUCCAGAUACCAGUGCACGCUGACCUAUUCUGCAGGUUAUCCCUAGCAAGUCAGCCAAGCAAACGAGCCUUCCUCCUGCCUGUCGCCAGCAUAGGAAGAUCAGUCAAUCUUGGAGAACCGUCAGACACUUACGACUGAAUUGACCCCUCAACAUGAACACAAGGGUUUUCUCCCUUCGCUUAAAAAGGUGUUUGAAAUGAAGACUGUCAAGUAUCCCAUAAUUUAUUUAUUCUUCUUCAAUGUCUGUAAAGUGCAUGAAUAAUAAUGUUCACACUUGAAGUCUAGUAAUGCACUGUAACAAUUCAUUUUAAAAAGAUGGGUAUUUUUGAAUACCCAUUUCCAAGUACAUUAGUUUGCACAGCUACAGAAAUAAUUUGGGGCAAGUUUAGAAACACUGAUAUGGUGAUAGUUUUGGGGAACACAUAAAAAUGAUCUUUUAUAGAGCCAAUCUUAUGUCAGUCAAAGGCAAUCAUCAGUUUUAUAUGAGUAAUUUGAAAAUUACUAAAAUUCAGUUUCUCAGUUUAAGGAGCUUCAAAAAUAUUUCCUUUCCUAUUUGGUAUUUUUUGCUGGGGGGAUUUUUAUGUAUUUUUUUAUGAAAAAGAUAAAAUGUAUGUUGGGAUAACUUCUUGGAAUUAAAAUUAAUUUGCCUUUUGCUU